AUGAACUUGGCAAUUCUGCUGAGGUUCAAAAGUGCCAGGAUACCUCCAUAUGACGGAAGUCAAGACCCAGAUGCUCACUUAGAGGCUUUCAAGAUCGAGAUGUUGUUCAACGGGAUAACUGGACCUAUUAAGGCCAGAAUCUUCGCGACGACAUUGAUAGGUCAGGAAAUGGCAUGGAUAACAAGGCUCCCUAGGAACUCGAUCGAUUCGUUCGAGGAAUUGGCUCGAACUUUCCAUCUGAAUUUUGCAACGAGUAAGGCACAUCUGAUGCCGGCCUAUGCCUUAGGAAGAAUCCGGCAAAAGGAGAAUGAAUCAUUGAGGAAAUACCUCGAUCGAUUUAAAGAUGCCGCCCUCAAGGUUCGGGAUCUGACUGAACCGGUACACCUGCAUUUGAUCAUCUCGGGAUUAGAUGGUGAUUCUCCACUCGCAAAGUCAAUCUAUAAGAACCCGAUCAACGAUCUGGAGGAGUUUCAACAAAGGUCGGACAAAUAUAUAGAUGUUGAAGACAUGCAGAAGGCUUAUGGAGAGACCAGAGGACGGAGCCCGAAUCGCCGAAGCCCAAGCAAAAAGAACAAAGACCGGGAUCAGCGGGGAUCGAAGAAAGGAAACGACUCUCAUGACAAGAGAUCGGAUCUCCAAGGACCAAGUAUGACACUUACACACCAUUAA